AUGGUGCAACAUGUUAUAGCAUUUUAUCAUAUAUCUCCGGAGAAAUUUAUCAGUUUAUCACUAGAAGCUUGCUCAUAUGAAAGACAAUCACUCAAAGAUAACGUUAUGGUUUUAUUCCCAGAAACAGUACGAUCUUGUGGAUCGUUUCAUACCAGUAAGAGACAUGACGACUACAACACUGAUUUGAAACAUGUUACCAGUCUAGAACCUACUGUGCAAAUUAUUUGGCAUGAAAUGGGUAAUCCAAACACUUGUGAAUUGGAAUAUAAGGGUUAUCAAGAAAACUAUCGAAUAUCACCCGACCUAGGAUAUUACAUUGGAUGUCAAAAAGCGCUUUCACAUUACAUAUCACAGUUAGCUAUUAGAAAGACACCAAUUUGGAAUACCAGUAACGCAAACUGCCCACUGAAGAGUUUACCGAAAAGUUAUGAGGAUUAUCUAGCAUGUGAUUUUACACACGGCAAGUGGUAUGAAGUGUUUUUCAAGAGUAUGAUACGUUAUGAAGUUUAUCAUAAAAAAGUUUACAGAACAUUCUGGUCCAACCAUUCCAGCAUUUUUUUAAUCAUGCCCCGCUUUCUGACCAAAACCAAUUACACGGAGGUAGAUUGGCUUCCAAAACUUAUUUCAUUUAAAGUGAGGUCAAUAAAUUGCGAUGACGCGGAAUUUUCGUUAAAUAUAAAUCCAAACUGGUCGCAACCGAUUUCAUUCAUCAUUCAUUAUCGCAUCCGUCUCGAUAAUCAUGUACAUUAUAUAAGUUUGAUAGGGAACCGUACAGUGGACGAUUGGAUGAGCGAUACUUUUAUUUUGAUACCAUCGCAUGCAAUUCAUGAAGUUUGCUAUAAGAUGACCUGGGAAUCGUAUGAACAUCAAUUUGAGAAUUGUAUUCCGUUCCAAAUCGACCAGAAAUGUUUUGAAAGAAGUAAUGCGCAGCUGUCUGUGAAUAAAUAUAUCGUCAUGAUAUGGCUGAUCGUUGUGCAAUUUACUGUGAUGUCAUUAACUACAAAAUAA